GCAAGAGGAGCCUGUCUUGCGGAUGUUCUAAAGCAAGGCGAUUUUUCCUUGUUCCUAGGACUUCAGGCAAGCCCGUACGAUGACAGCAAUCGACUUUCCCUCAGAGGCCUUCAGUCCGAGGUGGCAGAUAAGAAACCUGACUAUGCUAAGGAGACCAGGAUGAUCUCGUCCCUCCUCAUCUCCCAGCUGAUGGACGAGCGGAGGCUGCAGAGGAAGGCGCCGGCCUUGCCCGGGCAGUGCCUGAUGCUUCAGCCUGAGGUUCCCGCCCCGGGCCGGCCUUUGGCCAGCGGUGACCAAGCCUUCUCCUUGCUCCCCGGCAGAAUGGGAAUCGGGACCUCCUCCGGGGAGGCGGGAUGGGGAGCCAGGCUCUUUGCCCCCGAGGGGAGCCGCGAUCCCCGCCCGAGAAGAGGCUUUUCCUCCAUCACCAUCACAGCCAGACAGGUCGUGCCCUCGGCCAACCCCCUGGCGUGGGGCUCCGCUGCCGACCCCCCCUGCUCCAAGUGCGGGGCCAGAGCGGCUCCGGCCCAGGGCCGGGAUCCCCCCCCACACACGCCCGAGGGCCCCGCGGACAUUCCGGCAGCUCCGCUCCCGGGCCCAGAAGCUCGCAGGCCGUCGGGGGAAGGCCGUCCGUGCUGGGUUCUGAGCCCCGAAAAUAAGGAGAACGCCGUGAUCCCUCGGGCCCCUCGGAGCCACGGGGAGAAAGUCCCGCUCGUGUUCAGCUCCUGCGUUCACCUGCGAGUGUCUCAGCCGUGCGCAAACUCCGUCCAUUACUUAGACAGGUCUCUCUCGGUCCCCCUGGGGCCGCCUUCCAUCCCCGGCCCCCGCGUGCACAGGUCUGUCCUGUCCCUCAACCUGAGCUGCAGUUCUCCCCGACUGACAGCAGAUGGAGCAGACCGCAUGGCUAAUGCCGGGGAGGAGGCCGUGGCAGACGGGCCUGGGAGCCCGAGGCGCGCGGAGCCCCGGCCGGGCAGGGCCCCCGCGGCCUGGGAGCCCAACUGCAAAGGCGCCCGCCCCCAGGAGAACCCGCCCUGGCCCAGAGGCCCGUCGGGGAGCCCCCCGCGCCCCUGGGGCAGCGCGCCCGCCCUGGGCACCCCGGAGCUGCCGGACUCUGGGAAGGGGAGCGAUCCCUUCGCGCUGGGGAAGAUGCGCGGGGACGGCGCGGCCGUGUACCACGCGGUCAGCCACCCCAACAAGCUGUCCAUCCACAUCCCCGGCUGGAGCUACGCCGCAGGAGAUUAUCGAUGCUGUGACCUGGUUGUGAAACUCAAGGACUGUCGGAGCCCCAGCAAAGAGAGAGGGAUGGCCCCGGCAUCUCCCCCGGCCCCCCCAGAGCCCAUGCACCCGGAGAAGCCGGACCCACCCCCGGAGCAGGACGCGUGCCUGGACCCCGAGAUCACAGUCUUGCCGGCCCACUCCCUGACGCUGAGGGAAGCUCUCGAGGUCCACAAACCUCAGUUUAUCUCUCGUUCGCAAGAACGGCUGAGAAAGCUGGAGAGCAUGGCCCAGCAGAGGAAAGCCCAGCGAGGAGAGAGCCCCCGGAAGAAGCCCAGCCCACUGCCCCUCCGGACAGCCAAGAAGAAGCAAUACACCAUCCCCCAUCCUCUCAGCGAUAACUUGUUCAAGCCGAAGGAGAGGUGCAUAUCAGAGAAGGAGAUGCAUAUGCGAUCAAAAAGAAUCUAUAACAACUUGCCUGAAGUGAAAAAGAAGAAGGAAGAACAAAAGAAAAGGGUAAUUUUACAGAGUAAUCGAUUACGUGCUGAAGUCUUUAAAAAGCAAUUACUGGAUCAGAUCCUCCAGAGGAGCACAGACUGACUGGCAAACCCCACAGCUGCGACUCUGGGGAUCUGGGAGGACCUCCAAUAUUGCAUAGCCAAUGAAAGUUAGCCUUAUCUUCAACCCCCCAACCCCUGACUUAACCUAGGGAUUUUUCAUCGUGGAAGAAAGCUCCCCUGAUUUACAAAGUGAGCAACAGCACCAGCACCCAGAGGAACGACGACCGACACAGCGAAAUAUCCUCUGUCCCCUGUGGGGGGGAUGUCUCUUCUCCCUUGGAAUGUCACUGUUUGCUCCUGCCUUGCCCCCAUUCUGACCCGGGAAGUGUUGAUGAACUUUCUGGUGCAUAAAAAAAUUACAGGGGGCCUUGUUUUAUUGUCUGAAUUAUUUUCUUUAACUUUUUAAGAACCGAGGCUGUCCUUUCAUAGAAGCAGUGAUCUUCCCCUCCUUCUCCCCAAUGUCAGCUCCUCCACCCCAAAUUUGCUCCUUCCCAGCCAUGCUUAGGAAUUCUCCAGAGUAGCCUGAUUACCAUGCAAAAGCAGUAGCAGCAGAGAUUUUCAGGCAGAGAAGUCUGAACUGGACUCUGGAAGCACUAGGGAACCACAGAAGACUUUUGAGCAUGAGUGUCAUCAGUUCUAUGCAUUCCAUUAUGCAGGGGUCUGAAGAUAGAAUUGAGGCUGGAAGACCCACGAGGUGCUUAUUGCAAUAGACCAAGGAGACAAGGAUGAGAGGCUAUCCUAGGGCAAUGGCGUUGAUGAGGUCCUCAGGGAGAAACCUAAUCUAGUUAGGUCAGCAGAGCUGAGCUAGGAGAAGGUAACAUUUCCUUGGCAAUGGGACUCCCUAUACCUUAUCAUUUCCUUUUGUCAUUAUGAGAUACCUUAGUCAGAACAAGUACCAAUUUUGACAGAUGACCUGUGAACAGAAAUAGACUAUGUACAGCUGGGGACAAAUCUAGGGUUUUUGACCUCCAAAAAACCUUUCUGUUUUCAAAAGAGUAAUAUUGUCCUUUCAGACUUUUACAGUUUCUUUUAUUUAUACGGUAUAUUUUGGAAUUUAUAAGGGAACCUAGUUUUUACAACAAAAUGGAAAUAAAUAUUAUUUGAAGCCUCAA